AUGAAGAAGCGGGCCGAUCUUCAAGAGAAGCUCCAAGCUCUCCUUUGUCCUACCAAUGACAGUAACAUAUCUGUGAGAGUUGUCAACCUUUCGAAAAGGAUUCUCACACCCGCCGAAUCAAGCCUAUUGUCUAAAGGAAUACGGUUUAGUCAUGUCGAUGCUGCGCCUACAAACUUCUUAGCGAACCUGGAAUCCCUCCUACUAACCUCAUCCAUCCCUGAAGAUAUGCGUGCAGACAUACGCAACUGUGCGACCGGCCUCCUCCGGAAAAGAAGACACCAGCAAACCUUGCCGAUGGAAGAGGAGAAGGGAUUACGAUCCCUGAGGUCAGACGACACUAUUGUUGUUGUAUCUGCUGACAAAGGUGGUGCUACUGUCAUUAUGGACAAGACUGACUAUGUCAAUAAGGCCAACCAAGCCUUUAAUGACAGACAUGCCUAUACCCCAAUUGCUGAGGAUCCGACGAAAAAGCAGGCCGCAUCUAUAAAGAAGAAGAUGAACGAGCUCACUCGUAAAAAGCUCAUAAACCCCGCGGACUCCAAAUUUCUGACUCCUAACGACACUCGUAUCGCACAUGCUUAUGGCCUCCCAAAGGUACACAAAGUAGGUGCACCGUUGAGGAUCAUAGUACCGCUCAUUGGAUCGCCUACAUAUAACCUUGCCAAGUGGCUGUACAAGCACCUAAAGCACCUUAUGAAUGGAUGGCAGUACAGCAUCAACAACUCUCAUGCUUUCCUUCAGAGGAUUCAAGGCCUUACUGUAAGCCCUGAUGAAUGCAUUUUAUCGUUUGAUGAAGUUGCUCUAUUUUCCUCAAUACCGCAUACCUUGGCCAUUGAGAGCGUAGCUCGACGCCUAGAGGAAACUCCAAUUGGCAUUCCAACAGAGCACGUUUUAGACAUGCUUGGGCUCUGCCUUAAGAACUAUUGUCAAUUCGAUGGCAAGUAUUACCAGCAGGUCAAGGGCACCACCAUGGGUUCACAGAUAUCGGGCCUACUCGCCGAACUAGUCUUACAAAGACUAGAAUAA